AUGAGUAACCCAUCAUCGACCAACGUCUACUCGCCUUGGAACCGCGGCCUUGGCGCUUUGCACGUCGAGGGAGGAGGGGCGCAAAUCAAGAGCGUCGUCAAAAGUGCUAGGCACUGGGCUGCGCAGCAGAAGACAAGGGUCGGGCUCGAGCAUCCAGACCGUAUUGAGGGCAAUAGGGUGCCGACCCUUCGUGAGCGGCUGAAACAGUGUGAAGGAUUUGAUGAGUGCGGAGAUGGGUACCCCGAAGAACGAAAGUAUACGAAUCUGGAAAAGGCUGCCGCACUGGGUUGCAAGAUCUGCUCUACAGUCUACUCGAAAUUAUCUCCCAGGAUCAAGACGAGCCCCCAGGGCGUAAAACUUCAUCACAAGUUCUUCAGCAAUGGUGUGGGCGACUAUAUAAAUUUCACAAUUGAAUACCUAGAGGACAACAAUUCGAAGACGGAUCAUUUUUAUCUGUACUAUCAGCACCGAAAGCUCGCCACGGCUGAGAUCCAGUCUCUCCCUCCGAUCCCGGUCCCUCUUGAUGGCGAAGUCUGUGUACUCAAGCAGUUUCCACAGAAAGCCACUCCAGUGGACUCGACCGGACAUCCAGAUAUUGCGAAGCUCGCGCUUCAAUGGCUCCAUGCCUGCCUUGACUCGCAUGACUGCGGAGGAGACUGUGACGCGGAAUGGUUUCCUGCCCGCCUGAUCAAGGUCGGCGACGCAGAAGGAGCGGCGCGCCUGGUAAUCACCGAGCAAGAGAAGCCGACGAGCAGAUACGUUGCGCUGAGUCACUGCUGGGGUCCUAGUCCAACGUUCCUCAUGCUUCAGUCUGAUAAUAUCACUUUACUGCAGAAAGGGAUAAGAGAGGCGGACCUUCCUAAGAGCUUCCAAGAUACGUUCGUCACUUGCCGUCGUAUGGGUGUGCAGUAUCUCUGGAUCGACAGCUUGUGCAUCAUUCAGUCGGGCACAGGGGCUAAGGAGGACUGGUUGAAGGAGCUUGGAGCUAUGGAGACUGUGUAUACGAACUCCUUGUUUACAAUCUCCAUCGAUCGUGCCGAGAACGCCCAUCAAGGUGCAUUUGUGUCCAGAGACCCAAGACUCGUCCAGGCAUGUCAUGUAUACGGAAUGUUGCGUUCAGAACAAGAAAAUACGCUUCAUGCGGUGAUGCUCACGGUUUGGGCCGACCGUGACUCCAUAAAGUCGUUGGAUGAACAACCUCUCGCACAACGGGCUUGGACCUUCCAAGAACGGAUUCUCUCUCCUCGACUCCUGCGAUUUGGACCGGACCGCAUCUGGUGGGAAUGUAAUGAGAACUGUUGCAACGAGUAUCUGGACAAAGGAAAUUCGAGAAUAGUAAGCUCACAGAACAUGAAGGAUGACUCAAAGCGUAGUUAUGAGAACAGGUCGGGUUGCAUAUUCACAAUCCCCAAGAUUGCCUUGCGCUCAGCUGGUUCUAUUCACUCGAUCCAGGACCUGCAAGAGCACAGACACGUCUUGGAGGCAUGGAUGAAGGCACGCGAGGACUACAGCAUACGCACCCUGACCCGCGUGGAGGACAAAUUGCCCGCCAUUGGCGGUGUGGCUUCCAAAUUCGGUGCCUACUUUGACCACGACUAUCUCGCAGGCCUCUUCCGCAAGGAGCUCCCAUUUGGCCUUUUAUGGAUGACAGUUGAGCCCAACUCAAGGCAGGAUCACUACCGCGCCCCGACUUGGAGCUGGGCCAGCAUGAAUAGAAAGGUCAGCAUGACAUUGCAGGAGGGCUAUCUCCGUAACGGCAAUGAAUGUAAUCAUUGUGCUAUUCUCGAGGAAGUCCAGGUCGACCUGGUUGACAAGAACAACAGGUACGGCCCGGUACGGGACGCUGAGUUAAGAUUCAAUGGCAUCUUGCUGAAAUGUACGUUUGAUGCGGAAAAGGAGAAAUUAAUCACUUGGGCACCUGUUCUGAAAGAUGUGGACCUGGGAGCUUCUAUGAGAGUCCUAAUGGACGAGAAACCCUGGUCUGCUGGAGCGGGACAGUCCCGAGGCUUCUUCGUCUUCCCUUUGGUCGAAGGAACAUACAGGCGCUGGUCGUAUGCUAGUACAUGGGAGUAUAAUGGCGGGUUGAUCCUUGAGUGCACUGACCAGAGCGACGUAUUCCGGAGGGUGGGUUGUUAUAGGGGAUCGGCCAAAUUUUGGAAGCAUUACAUCGAGCGAGGCGAGCAACCGCAAACCGUGAGGAUCAUUUAA